UGCCAUAUUUCUGAUUAAGCCACGGUCUGUUCUCACGCCAACCACAUGGGUGCGCUAGAGGGAAUCCACUAGCGGAAACGCCUUGGCUUCUGUUGAUGGAAACAACAUGGCGGAUGAAUUGGAUGUUGUUGAUAUUGAGGGUGAUGAAUAUGAUGCCAGCGUGGGAACCUUGGAAGGAGACGGACUUCUUCAAAACCAGUUUCUGGAGUCAGCUUGGAAGACCAGCACUGGAAUCCUGCCAUGGGAACUAGACAGCACCAUCACUGCUGAGAACAGAGAAGUCAUAGAGAACAUGUUACUCGAAGAACAGUAUUAUCUGACUGGAAAGGAAAUGCCGAAGAAUGUUUGGCCAAAUAACUCAACCUCCAAGCCCAAAGUGAAGAAGUCUCCAGCCAAGCUCUCUGCCCCCGGCUCCUCCAGUCGCUGGUCUCAACAGGAGAAGGAGCUCUUUGAGAUAGGCCUGACUCAGUUUGGUCGCAGGUGGACGAAGAUCUCCAAGCUGUUAGGUAGCAGGACAGUCCUCCAGGUGAAGAGCUACGCACGUCAGUACUUCAAGCACAAGGAUAAAUCCGAGCCCAGCUCUGCAGCGCCCCCCUCGGGUGAGGAGGUCCAGGGCCGAGCCCCUGAGUCCAGCUCCAGCCACGCGGCCGCGCUGGCCAACGCCGUGCGCAUCGAGAGGCUGUCUGACGACGAGGAGCAGGAGGUGGACAUCACAGACGACCUGAGCGACGAGGGGGGGGGCGGGGCCGUCCUGGCUGGGGAGCCCCCCUCUGGGGAGAUCCCUCACACGGAGCCAGAGCAGGGAGAGACCAGUCUGGGAGAGAACGUCCAAGGAGGGGACACACAGGACCAGUCCAGCCACAACCCUCCAUCCCCUCUCGGUCAGAGACCCAGGCCCCCCUGUCCCCGUCCCGUGCCCUGCCAAGAGCAGGCUGCCGUUCCUGGGCAGGCUGAGGUGCCCUCAUCGCCCUUCAGUGACCUCCAGGCUGGGGAGGAGGGGGAACCUCACCAGAGCCAGCCAGAGAGCCCUGAAGAAGAAUGUCACGAAGGAGACAGCAGCCAUGCAGAGGAAGGGGAGGAUCAGGAAGAGGAAGAGGAAGAGGAGGAGCUGAAGGCCCCAGAACAGGAAGUCCAGUUGGACGCAGAGGCCAUCGCUGAGGAGGAGAAGCAGGCUUUCCCAGAGUUCUUUGAGGGACGUCCAUCCAAGACGCCAGAGAGAUACCUGAAGAUCAGAAACUACAUUCUGGACCAAUGGGUAAGGAGUAAGCCCAGGUACCUGAACAAGACGUCGGUGCGUCCAGGCCUGAAGAACUGUGGAGAUGUCAACUGUAUUGGCAGGAUCCACACCUACCUCGAGCUGAUAGGAGCCAUCAACUUCAACUGUGAGCAGGCGGUGUAUAACCGGCCCAGGGUGGUGGACCGAGCCAGGCCCAGAGAGGGCAGGGAUGCCCUGGACUCCUACCAGCUGGCCCAGAGACUGCAGAGCAUGCGGACCAGGAAGAGGCGUGUGAGGGAUCUGUGGGGGAACUGGUGUGAUCCUAAAGAUCUGGAGGGACAGACGUACGAGCACCUGAGUGCGGAGGAGCUGCGGAGGAGGGAGGAGGAGCUGAGCAGGCAGCCCCGCCCCUCCAAGGUCCCCAGGCUCCGAGGGUUUGAUCCCUUCCAGCUGAUUCCGUGCCGGGCGUUCGGAGAGGACAGACAGGAGCCCUUCCAAGUGAUUGUUUGUGCAGAGGCCCUCCUUAUUAUGGAUAUGCAUGCUCAUGUGUCCAGGUGUGAGGUCAUCGGGUUACUGGGAGGAGCUUACAACGAGGAAGACAAAGUCCUGCAGAUCUUUGCAGCUGAGCCGUGUAACAGCGUGAGCACAGGGCUGCAGUGUGAGAUGGACCCCCUGUCCCAGACUCAGGCCUGUGAGCUGCUGUCUGCCCUGGGACACAGUGUGGUGGGCUGGUACCACUCUCACCCCACCUUCCACCCCAACCCCUCCCUCAGGGACAUCCACACCCAGGACCAGUUCCAGAGUUAUUUCUCUCGUGGUGGAGCCCCCUUCAUAGGGAUGAUAGUGAGCCCCUACGACCCCGCCAACACCUCCCCCCACUCCCACACCACCUGCCUGGUGGUCAGCACGCACCAGGGCCACACUGGGCCUCAGAAGCUCCCCUACAGGUUCGACUUCCUGUCCUCACAGGAAGUCCCCGACUGGGGUCAGAUGACCAGGAGGGCCCAGUGGAUUGUCCAGAAAUACGCACACACACACGGGAGAGUUCAGAUGAGCAGGAUGUUCAGGAGAGACUCUCACCUCACCUGCCUGGAGAAGAUGUUGUCUUCUCUCGCCCGGUACCUGGAGCCCCUGGCAGACGGGGAGGGAGACCCCUUCCUCACCCACGUCCAGACCCUCUUCCAGUCUCAGUUUGCCGUCGAGCUCCCGAUCAACCAGGACGAAGGGAGAACCUCCAGUUCCCCAGAAGAGCCUGCUGACACAGACAGUUUCCCCUUCUCUGAGCCAGGGGGUGGAGGUGGGGCGGAGACCACGGAGGUCCAGGAUGUGGAGCCAGACUGGGACCCCGAGUCUCCCCCCCCCCCAGACGACACACAGCCCCCCAGUCCCUUCCAGUUGAACCUAGGAUCUGUACUGCUCACAGGCCACGACUAUCUACUCUAAUCUUCCUACGAUUGUAUUCUGUGUAUAUACUUUUUAAGACUGGUUACCGUUGGACUGUUAAAUUACUGCAAAGUCAUACUAUAUGCAUGAGCAACAAGUUUUAAACUAAUCUUUAGAUAGUAUGUGUUAUCUGUUGACAGUGUUUCAUGGUGUGUACGAUUGUGCUCUACUUACCUCGACCGAACCAGAUCUGGAUCUGGUAUAAGUAUAAACUAAUAAAACAAAGACGACUUUAGCG